GUGUACAGUAGCAGGGAUUCUUGUCUGGCUGUGGACCGAAUCUCUCUUGCAGUCAGCAAGGGGGAAUGUUUUGGUCUUCUGGGUUUCAACGGGGCAGGCAAAACCACGACCUUCAAGAUGCUAACGGGGGAUGAGAGCAUCACUUCGGGAGAUGCUUAUGUGGAUGGACACAGCAUCCUGGCCAAUAUCAAAAAGGUCCAGCAGCGGAUUGGCUACUGUCCUCAGUUCGAUGCGCUUUUGGAUCACAUGACUGGAAGGGAGACCUUGAGCAUGUACGCCCGACUGCGGGGCAUCCCUGAACGGUACAUCGGCAGCUGUGUGGAGAAUAUGCUUCGCGGGUUGCUCUUAGAACCUUACGCCAACAAACUCAUCCGCACAUACAG